AUGCCUGUGCAAGGUGACCAUCUCGCUGGACGAGGUUUUAGUGGGAUUGGGCGCGUCGUCAGUGCCAUCAGGGAGAUUAAAAGAAAAAAAAUGAUGGAGGUUGUGAUCGUUGCAGUUGCUGCUACACUUGGGAAUCUUCUAAUGGGAUGGGAUAGUUCGACUAUUGCAGCGGGUAUAACCUACAUCAAGAAGGAUUUCGUCUUGGAUGCGACACUUGAAGGGCUAAUUGUGUCCAUGUCGUUUAUAACCGGUACUGUUGUGACAAUAUUCUCUGGGGUAGUGUCUGAUAUGGUUGGAAGACGCCCUAUGCUGAUAACAUCUUCGGUUAUGUUUUUCCUUAGCGGUUUGAUAAUGUUGUGGACUCCUAAUGUUGUUGUUAUUCUGGUGGCGAGGAUAGUGGAUGGGGUUGCCAUUGCUCUGGCUGUUACUCUUAAUCCUCUCUACAUAUCUGAGGUAGCACCGGCCGAUAUAAGAGGCCAAUUGAACACUUUUCCUCAGUUUGCUUGUUCUGCUGGAAUGUUUUUGGCUUACAUUUUGGUAUUCUCAAUGUCCUUGACUGUCUCACCUAAUUGGAGACUAAUGCUUGGAGUUAUUUCAAUUCCUUCUGUUGCAUACUUUUUACUGGCUGUGUUUUAUCUGCCUGAGUCUCCGAGGUGGCUUGUGAGCAAAGGCCGGCUACCUGAGGCUGAAAGAGUUCUGAAAAGGCUUCGCGGCACUGAUGAUGUUUCAGGGGAAUUGGCGUUGCUGACUGAGGGUCUCAGCCCUGGCGGUGAAGCCACUUCCAUAGAAGAGUAUGUAGUUGCCCCAGCUAGUGAGAUUCUUGUUAACCAGGAAGCAGGGAAAGAUUAUAUCAAGUUAUAUGGUCCCAAUGAGGGGGUUACAAUGGUUGCUCAACCAGUGAAUGGACAGGGUAGCUUGAUAUCCCGUAGUAUGUUGUCUCAGCAAGGAAGCUUUGGAGGUCUCACUAGUACUGGUCUUAAGGAUCCUAUUGUCACUCUCUUUGGAAGUAUGCAUGAGAAUACUCUCCCCGAGGGUGGAGGUUCACGCAGCAUGCUAAUUCAUAAUGCCAACAGCAUCUUUAGCACGGGUGAGCCAGAGUCCAGUCCCUUUGAUACCAGUGACAACCUGCAUGCGCCACUAAUGUCAUUUCAAGGGGGUGGUGGAUCCAAGGACAUGUUAGGUAUGAGGAGCAAUAGCAGCCUAAGAAGUAAUAGUAGUUUGGCUCAUGGUACUGCUGUUGAAACUCCUAAAAAUACAAACAUUGGUGGAGGUUGGCAGUUGGUUUAUAAAUCAGCUGAUGGUGUUGGGGGUGGGAAAAGAGAAGGACUCCAAAGGGUUUAUUUGCAUGCAGAACCUGCUGCAGUGUCUCAAUCUCAACAUGUUUCGUCAUUUGUUUCAACUUCUGGCUAUGACAUACCAAUAGAUGGCGGUGAAGCGUAUCAUGCUGCUGCUCUUGUCAGUCAGUCAGUUCUUGGAACUCAUGAUUUGUUGCAUCUGCCAGAAGUUGCUGCGAAAGGCUCAAAAUGGAGAGCUCUGCUAGAACCAGGAGUCAAGCGUGCAUUGAUUGUUGGCAUAGGACUUCAAAUUCUUCAGCAGGCUGCUGGCAUAAAUGGGAUUCUGUUCUAUGCACCCCAGAUUCUUGAGCAGGCAGAAAUAGGGGCUCUUUUAUCAAAUUUGGGCCUUAGUUCAGCAUCUGCUUCUUUUCUUGUAAAUGUCAUUACAACAUUCUGCAUGCUUCCUUGUAUAGCUCUUGCAAUAAGACUCAUGGAUAUUUCUGGCAGGAGGUCAAUCAUGUUGUACACAUUACCCAUUGUGAUAGUUUGUCUCCUGGUACUAAUAAUCAAACAGUAUUUUGAACUAAAUUCUGUCAUCAAUGCUGCAAUCACUUCUGUUUCUGUUGUGGCUUAUGGAAGCGUCUUCUGCAUGGGCUUUGGCGUUAUUCCCAAUAUCAUAUGUGCUGAAAUCUUCCCAACAAGUGUUCGUGGAAUCUGCAUUUCCCUGACUUCUCUUACAUAUUGGAGUUGUACCUUGAUUAUCACCUUAACAUUCCCCAGCUUGCUCCAGCUUCUCGGUCUCAGUGGUGUCUUUGGAUUAUUUGUUGCUGGCUGCAUCAUUUCAUGGAUAUUUGUCUACUUGAAAGUUCCUGAAACAAAAGGCAUGCCUUUAGAAGUUAUUACUGAGUUUUUUGCUAUUGGUGCAAAGCCCGGUACUGACCCUGCAGCAAUUGGAAUCAAAUAG